GAAUUAAUGUGAUUGACUUCUUGAGAUUCAUUAAACAAAUUCUGAAAAUAUUUCAAAGUUUAUCCAACUUGCAUCGCCGCUAGAACAUUGCGUUCCAUAAUGUUGAGUAUUUUGUUGCCUGAUCUAUAAAUACAGUGAGUAACAAUAUUCUCAAGCCUCACCAUAAACUAUGAAUUAUAACUAUCAAUAGUGAACAAAAAAUAAUUAAUUGGUUGAGGAUUUUCCGAGAGGAAUUACACGAGGCUCCAGCCAUGAGGAGACGUGGCUGGUGCUCCGCUAGCUGUUUCCUACUCAUCGUGUCUGGCAUGGCUUUCACUCGCUUCACGCGCCGCGUGUCCCACGCUCCCGACACCUACACCCCUAACGAGUUGGGCGUGUGCACGGGCCGACGUUGGCCCGCGGACGUCCCCCCGCUGUACGUGAUCACUCCGACGUACCGCCGAGCUGAGCAGAUCCCUGAGCUCACCAGACUCGCCCAGACCCUCCUGCUGGUGGACAGCUUGGUCUGGAUCGUCGUCGACGAUGCCGACGAGCCCACGCCUGCAGUCGUCAAUUACCUGCAGGAGCGACGUAUAUGUCACGUCUACUUAAUAGCUCGCAUGCCGGCUAAGUAUCGGAACCGGAACAGCUUGCACAAACCGCGUGGUGUGGCCAACAGACGCAAGGGCUUGAGGUGGAUAAAACGACACGCAAAAAGCGGCGGCUCUUUGUACUUCGCGGAUGACGACAACACCUACGACUCGAGAAUUUUUGAGGAAAUACGACGAACGAAAAAAGUUUCCAUGUUCCCGGUCGGUCUGGUUACGAGCCUCGGCGUGAGUUCCCCAAUAGUUCGUCAUGGGAGAGUCACUGGCUUCUAUGAUGGGUGGAUUGCCAACAGGAAGUUUGCAGUUGACAUGGCUGGAUUUGCCGUCAACGUGAAUUUUUUCUUGUCGAAACCCAAGGCUGAUAUGCCGUUUAUGGUCGGCAGAGAAGAGACAAAGUUUCUAGAAUCCAUGGAUGUAACCCUCGAUGACAUCGAGCUUCUCGCCGUCAACGCUACAAAGAUUCUUGUGUGGCACACAAGAACGAAGAAAAACGGCAGGGCCAAACCAGGGGACAAGAAGCUCGACUACUCGAACAGCAACAUCGAUGCGUUAAUAACGCAGAUUUGGAGAUAACAUCUCAUUCAGUUUGGUGGCAUAAGCCAGGAGAUAAAUGCGUUUACAGUGUCGCCUGACAGCGUGAGGAUUUUCUAGUCACCCCACAAUUGAAUAAAAAUUCGUAGAAUUAA